UCUGUAGCUCAGUGUCUCCCGGCAGGCUGCUCAUGACGAGCGACGAGAGAGGAGAGAGAUGAAGUAAACUCGGACUUUUUCCCCCGUUCAAACCGAAAAUAAAAGGAAAGCAACUGUUAUUUGCUCUGCUGAGCGGCUACAUGGAGCUUGUUUUAUAAGUGCUGUACUCAGAGAGCGAGGAGACAUUUCGUCGGGUUUUUAAAGACUUUUGGCUGCUGGAGGGAAGUUUAAAUCCCGGUGCUGGUCGGAGGAAAGUAUUUCGCCGUCCUGCACUGAUCUCCGCUCAGCAGCAUGUCAGACAAGUGCUGCGCGGCGUAACCAGUCCAUCCAGCUCGACGGGGAGUCACGACGGCUGCUUCACUGACUUCCAGGUAAACCGCCAACCAGGUUUGCCGCACUUCCGAAGUUUCCCCGAAGCGGCCACUUGGACAAUAAUGGCUGGUUUGAGCAAUGUCCAUAUGAAAACCCUGGAGGACCUGACGCUGGACUCGGGCUACGGGGCGGGGGACUCCUGCAAAUCCCUCAGCCUGUCCUCCUCCAAGUCCAACUCGCAGGCCUUCAUGACGGCCCCUCACCGGGGAAACUGGUGGUACUACUCCGGCUCCAUGAACAGCCGGAACAACAGCUGGGACACCGUCAACACUGUCCUGCCCGAAGACCCGGAGGACAUCUUCUCCAAGUGCCCCCGCUUACCUGACUUGGAAGAGUUCCCCUGGACGGAGGAGGAGGUGGCCAAGAUCCUGCGCAAAGUGGCCGAGAGUGGGAGCGUGAAAUGGGGGCCUCCACCUGUGUUCUCCCCGGAGGCCGUGAGGCGGCUGUCCUCUCUCCUCCGCAGGGCUCUGAUACGCAUCUCCAGAGAGGCUCAGCGGCUCAGUGUCAUGCACUGCCGCUGCACACGCUUCGAGGUGCAGAGCGCCAUGAGGCUGGUGCUCAGCUGGGCUCUGGCCGACCACUGCGUCUCUGCCACGGUCAAGGCGAUCUCCAUGUACAGUAUGAGCGCCGGCGAGCUGCUGAGGAAAGGCAAGUCCGCCCGCUGCGGCCUCUCCUUCUCCGUGGGACGCUUCUUCCGCUGGAUGGUGGACACCCGCAUCUCCGUGCGCAUCCACGAGUACGCAGCGAUAUGCCUGACUGCAUGCAUGGAAGCUCUGGUGGAGGAGAUAGGAGCCCGGGUGCUGAUGGCCGAGAGGGGUCAUUCAGGGCCGGAUUCGGGGUCAGGAUGCGCCCCGGUGAGUGCAGAGGCCCUGGAGGGGGUGGUGAACAAUGACGCGGAGCUGUGGGGAGUCCUGCAACACUACGAGCACCUGAUCUGCGGGAAGAACGCCAAUGGUGUUCUGUCUCUUCCGGCCCAUUUCAGUCCCUACACAGAGAACCAGCAGACAUCUGUGGACAGCAGGGAGGAUGCUUAUGCCCAACUGGAGCUGAGGACACUGGAACAGUCCCUGCUGGCUACCUGUGUGGGCAGCAUCUCUGAACUCAGUGACUUGGUAUCCCGUGCGAUGCAUCACAUGCAGCGUCUGAGUUCAGUACGUCCAGGGUUGAGCCCUGCCCGCCAUGCCCGUCCCCAACAGCCCGUGUCCUGGUCGCCUGACGCCCUCCACACCCUUUACUACUUCCUGCGCUGCCCACAAAUGGAGUCCAUGGAGAAUCCCAACUUAGAUCCCCCACGCAUGGCACUUAGCAAAGAGAGGCCAUUUCUGUUGCUGCCACCUCUGAUGGAGUGGAUGAGAGUGGCCAUAGUCCAUGCUGAGCAUCGCAAGAGUCUAUUGGUGGACAGCGAUGAUGUCAGACAGACCGCCAGGCUUCUACUCCCGGGACUGGACUGUGAGCCAAGACAGCUGAAGCCUGAGUGUUGCUUUAGCUCCUUCAAGCGUCUGGACUCCAAAGCUGCCACGGAUAAGUUCCACCUAGAUUUGGGUUUUCGGAUGCUCAACUGUGGUCGCACAGAUCUCAUCGGUCAAGCCAUCGAUCUGUUGGGGCCAGACGGGGUCAACAGCAUGGACGACCAGGGUAUGACCCCUCUGAUGUAUGCCUGCGCAGCUGGAGAUGAGGCCCUUGUCCAGAUGUUGAUCGAUGCUGGGGCCAACCUUGAUGUAGCGGUUCCACCGUGCUCCCCAAAGCACCCCUCUGUGCAUCCCGAUAGCCGACACUGGGCAGCUCUCACCUUUGCAGUGUUGCAUGGCCACAUCUCCGUAGUGCAGCUCCUGUUGGAUGCAGGGGCCAGUGUGGAGGGGGCCGCAGUCCGCAAUGGUCAGGAGAAUACGGCAGACACCCCGUUGCAGCUGGCUUCAGCAGCAGGCAACUAUGAGAUGGUGAGUUUGCUCCUGGCACGAGGCGCCGACCCCUUAUCUAAGACCCAUGAUGGAAAUGCCCUGACAUCAUCCCUCUAUGAAGACAUGAACUGCUUCAGUCAUGCUGCUGCGCACGGACACAGGAACGUGCUGAGAAAGCUACUGACUCAGCCCCAGCAAAUCAAAGAGGAUGUCCUGUCUCUGGAGGAGAUCUUAGCUGAGGGGGUGGAAGAUGAGGUUGCUGGGAUGUGCCCUUUCCUCCCCCUCUCCCCUCUUCCAACCACUCCCAACGGUCCUGCAGCCAUGCAAGAGGUUGGCAUACCAAGGCUCUGCAAAGCCAGGAUGAAGGCUCUGCAAGAAGCAAGCUACUACAGCGCUGAACAUGGCUACCUGGAUGUCACCAUGGAGCUGCGUGCUAUGGGUGUGCCGUGGAAACUACAUGUGUGGCUGGAGUCUCUUCGUUGUGCCCAGCAGCAGUCCAGAGCAGGGGUCACCCUCUCCCUCCUCAGGGAGUUCGCCACAAUCCGAGAAGAGGACUACUGUGAGGAGUUGGUCACCACAGGCCUGCCGCUUAUGUUCAAUAUCUUGCGUACCACCAAGAAUGAUGCCAUUAUACAGCAGUUGGCAGCUAUUUUUAGUCACUGUUUUGGCCCAGCACCCCUUCCUGCCGUUCCCGAAAUGAAGGCAACUCUUUCAGCACAGUUGGACCCUCAUUUCCUGAAUAACCCAGAGAUGUCAGAUGUGACAUUUGUGGUGGAGGGGAAACCAUUCUAUGGACACAAAGUUCUACUGAUUACUGCUUCUGACAGAUUCAAGUCUCUGCUGGCGUCCUCUGGAACAGAUGGAAGCCCCAACAAGGAGAUUGAGAUCAGUGAUGUCAAGUACAACAUUUUCCAGAUGAUGAUGUCAUACUUGUACUGUGGAGGAACAGAGUCGCUGAAAACUAAUGUGCCUGACUUGUUGGAGCUGCUGUCAGUUGCUUGUCAGUUUCAGCUGGGGGCUCUACAAAGACACUGUGAACUCAUCUGCUCUCAGCACAUCAACCUGGAUAAUGCAGUCAGCAUCUACAAGACAGCCAAGGCGCACAGUUCAGUGGAGCUGGGCUCAUUUUGUGAAGGGUACUUCUUGCAGCAGAUGCCUGCCCUGCUGGAAAAAGAGGGCUUCAGGAGCCUGCUGCUGGGACCCCCCGGAGUCCGACAAGGGAACAAUUCCAUGUCUACGCUGGCUCACAGUCGAGGUGACUCACCUCUGGAGGAGCUGGAGGCGACUCUGGCUCAACGGAUACGCUCUCUCUAUGUCACUUCUCGAGUCUGAGGACAACAUGGCAGAUGCUGCAGAGAGAGGACAAAAAUAAAUGGAAGAAUGUGGCAGUUGGAGCGGAAGUUUCAACUUAUUACCGAUACAGGAUUAGAUCUUCUGGAGCAAUCUAAAUACAGAUGUUUUCCUAGUAACAUCUGAUUUUGCUACUUCCAUAAUACUCUGACACUGGGGCGCAGAUCAGUGAGUAGUUUGGCAGCAGUUUGCUCUGUGGACAAUUCAGCGUUUCAUAUUUCAUGCCAAGCACUCCAUCCUGACAGUUAUUGUAAUGUACAGCAUGUUUAUGAGGAAGGAAAAAGGACGUGAUGCUUUUCUGCAAAGCUCAGGAAGCUUAAACAGAGAAGCAACAGAUGGAUGCAACAAGUGGCAACUCUGAAAAAUGAAACGACACUGCCCUCUAAUGGACAAAACAGGUAAAAUAAGUCAUUGCCUUGAGGAUUGGGAUCCGUGGCAGCCUCCUGGUUCUGACUGGAGCUUUGUAAAGUUACACUUGACUGAAGCAUCUGUUCAAGAAUCAAGUGAGGUGGUCAGGAUGGAGUUUUAAUAAUGCAGAGUGGGAGCGAGGAGUCGGCCUCUGUGCCUCCUACGUUGAUGUAAGCUUUGGAUUAACAAGUGUAUUUUCUUUUUAAAUGUAAUUGUGAUUUUAUUUUUGUUUUUUUUAAGUAAAGUAUGACCAGAGAAACAAAACACUUACUGAAGAGUGGGAUGGACAUUUUCUAUUUAAUGAGGAGAAAAAAGAUGUGAGUAUUUAAUAGGGGUGUUCCCUUUUUAUUUUGUUUUUAAUCCAAGCAAAUCAUUAAUAUUUUUUUUUAAAAAUGCUUCUGUUGUUUUUCCAGGUACACUCUAACAGUUUAUUAAGCUUGUGUAUGCUGAGGUUUAAUGCUUCUUCACAUGUACAUCAGCAACAGAUCCCAACAUGGGAUUUGGACAACAAAAACUGUUUUAAUGCUGAAUAUUCUAAUAAACCUGGUAAACAUA